ACGACGAGGAUGAGGAUUUGGUUUCCUUUGCUGUAAUGCUGUACUGUAAUGUCAAUCGAAAUCAUUAGUUGCUCUAAAAGUUAUUUAGUUGUGGGUGCGUUGUUUUCUUAAAUUCAAGCCACAUUAUUUCGCGAACGAAUAGACAUUUUGUCUAUAUAAAAAGACCGACUUUUGCAGGCAGUACAGUUUCGUUUCAACAAGCUAGGAUUUUGUUAGAUUGAAGCUUUUAAUCCUUAUUGGACAGUCCCGCUGUACAGUUAUUUUAUGCCCUUGAAAUUACUACGUUCUCAAGCUUAAUCAUAAAAAUGAUCACCCGGCACUAUAAAAUGCAAAGAAUGAGUAGGAAAGAAGAGGAGGUCGGGCUAAAGGAGUUGACCCAAGUUUUGUACAACACUCGUACAAUAUACAACCCCUUGCCUGGUUAUGACAAGAACGUUUAUCAUGAACGUUACCAGAUUGGACUAGACUGUGAUGAGGUCUACCCAAACAUAUACAUUGGCGAUGCAGGGUCUGCCAAGAACAAACAGUAUCUGAUGAAGUUAGGCAUAACUCAUGUGGUCAACACGGCUGAGGGGAAGCUGUUCGGAAUGGUAGAUACAGACCAAGAGUUCUACAAGAAUACGACUAUCAAGUACCUGGGCUUCAGCAUCAUGGACUUGCCAGUGUCCAAUAUCAGCCAACACUUCUUCGAAGUCGCUGAUUUUAUCGAGCAAGCGAUCAAAGAGGGCGGUAAAGUGCUUGUGCACUGCUUGAUGGGAAUGUCUCGGUCAAGUACGUGCGUGUUGGCGUACCUGAUGAUCAAGGAGGGCCUAUCAGCUGGGGAGGCAGUCAGGCAGGUGCGACAACAUCGCGACAUACGACCCAACGACGGAUUCCUGCUGCAGCUCGUCCAACUCGAAAACAAACUGAAAAGAGAGAGAAACGGUGUCAGCUAAGUCAACAAUUAACUCAAAUUCCAAGCAAUCUUGACCAAAUUCUCUGUCAAGUUGAGAUACAAAUUUUCUAAUUAUGUUUUGUAACUGUGAUGUAUUUUUGGUAUAUGAGCGCGAAUUUUAUACCUUUCACACGGGUUUGUAAGUGAUUAAAUUGUAGCUAAAGAUAUUUCAA